ACGAGAGCUUGUGUGCAAGACUCUUGACGUCGACAUCGACAAACAGUUCGCAAUCCAGGAAUCCGCUCGGAAUUUGACGUCCAAAAAGCUCAAAGCUCGCACGAGGCCAUGCCUUUUUAUCGCCGGCAGCGGCCGCCCAUUCGCUGGAAAAAGGUUCUCCAAAAGGAGCAGCACUGCGGAAUACUUCGGGGACAAGCAAAGCAACUCGACGGGGGAGAUGAUAUCCAUGGAGGCGGAGCCGGAUAGCGUAUACCGUAGCCGAGCCUGCAUAUUAGAUAGAGAUGGAGGCAGGAGAUGGAAGAGAAGCGAUAGCGUUCUUCGACGUGGAGACGACGGUGCCGGGGCCGUGGGGUGGGACACGACGUUCGCUGCUGGAGUUCGGGGCGAUCUUGGUGUGCCCGCGGCAGCUUGUGGAGGUGGGAAGCUACUCCACCCUCAUCCGCCCGGCCGACUCCUCCGCCACCUCCGUCCGCUGCAACGGCAUCAACCCGGAGACGGUGGCCUCUGCGCCCUCCUUCCCCGAGGUCGCCGACCAGAUCUUCGCCAUCCUCCAUGGACGGGUGUGGGCGGGGCACAACAUCGUGGAGUUCGACUGUCGGGUGAUAAGGGAGGCGUUUGCGGAGACUGGGCGAGCUCCGCCGGAGCCCAAGGGGAUCAUUGACACCUUACCGUUGCUGACCCAGACGUUUCGGAGGAGGGCGGGCGACAUGAAGUUGGCUAAUUUGGCAUGUUAUUUUGGUCUCGGCCAACAGAAGCACAGGAGCUUAGAUGAUGUCCGAAUGAAUAUCGAAGUUCUCAAGUGCUGUGCUACAGUGUUGUUCUUGGAAACAAGUUUCCCGGAUUUAUUUUCUAUCAAGUCACCUGGGAUGUCCUGCACCAUUAUUCCUGCUUCUGAGGGCUGCAGCAGUUUUGCUGGAUUUCUAGAGCCUGAUGAAGUCUCAGUGCAGGAUAUCAGGGCAGCCAUUGCCCCUUCUGGUUAUGGUGGUCACAAAUUACGUAUACUACAUGGAGAUUGCCCGCUACGGCUUCAUUGCAUGGGACUGAAAGUCCAAUUUGGGCCACGUGGACAAUUUAAGGACCAUGCUGGCUGGCCGAAACUGAAUAUAGUGGUUUAUAUCCCAGAAAGUUUAUGCAAGGUUUUGGAUGCCUGUGACCUUCUUGCCCAAAUAUCAUCUCAGAAUUCUAGUAGCAGGUCUGACUGGAAACAUGUAAUUAUGAAGAAUGGCUACUCAAAUCCUUAUAGCAUUCGAUUGCACAUACCCAUAGUGGCAAAUGGUGAUGCUGCUAUCUACUCAACGGAAAUAUACAAGAAAGAUCUGUCUGGAAACAAGCAGAAGCUCGUGUUCACCACAUGUGACGUUGUCGAGCUUGCUUCCCUAAUUGUUCCAGGAACAAGUCUAGAUGCCUAUUUCUGGGUGGAUACAUAUGACCAUCUGCAGAGAGCUGGAAUCAGGCUAGAAGCGAAAAAAUUGAUCCUUUGUUCUCAAUAGAAGCAAAAAAUUAUUUGAGUGGCAGGAGGAAGAAAAAAAAAAUCAUGUCCUGAUUAGUGUUCUUAGCAGAAACUAUGUAAAUUACUCUAGCAACCACUAGCCAAUGAUGCCAUUAAUGUAACAGCAGACACUGUAUCCAUCGAGAAUGAAAAGGUAAAUCUGUUGAAUUAAUUUCUGCUUAA